AUGGGCAAAGAUGACGAUCGGGACCGAGAAGAUCGCGACCGAGAGCGGGGAGAUAGAAAGGAAAAGAAGGAGAAGAAGAAACGCCGAAGCGCUUCCUCUGAGUCUGCAGAGCGAAGCCGUGAGUACGGGUGCCUGGCUGAGGACAAUUCCCUGCUGGGCAGUGUACUCUCCUUGUUGGCAUUGGACAGGUACUUGCUAUGCUGCAAUGUCCAGCAUGAGCAAUCUGUCAGUGGCGAGAUGAAAGUCGUGGAGCUAACGAGUGAUUUGGACACGCGCCUGGCGAAUCCAGUGCACCGUUUGACCGAGCAAGACUCCUUUGAUGUGACUGUUUCGCCCCGUGCAGGGGCGAUGGGUGAAUGGACAAAACACUUGUCCAUGACUCCACGGCAGCAUGAUUUCAGGGAUCGCAUCCAGCUGCCGCGGCUCCUUCGCUAUCCUCUGCCACCCGACUGCUUAGCAGAUGAGCCCGAGGAGAAGCGGCGGGCAGCUCUGCUCAAAGUGUUUCAGGAUUUUGUUAUGGACCUCAAUCGAGGAAUGCACAUGACGCAAAUCAGCUCCAGCCAGGAGUAUUCAGACAUCCACUGCCAGAUUCUGGAGAAUCUGGAAACUCUCAAGAUUGACCAGGGCAGUGGCUGCAUUAUUGAGUUUCCACUCACAGCGGUUUCGAAAGUGUACCGCAUCGUGAAGAACGAUGAUCGCUGGUUUAGCGCUGGAAGCCUCACAGGGCCCACGCCCAUGCCCCCUUUGCCUUUGUCCAAUGCGGAACAUAUUGUUGUCGUGGAGUUCAUGAAGCGCAAGCUGGCUUUUGUUUUCGGCGAGAUUGGAGCUUCUCAGCGCUUCUUGAUGUGCAUGGAGUUGCUGAUCCGCAGGGCGCAGGAGCAGAAUGAAGCUGGAAGGGCGCCAAAGAACGCUGACAGCUUGAUUCCGAUGUUUGCAGGGACGCAGGGGCACAAGAAGCCGGGAGAGCGUUUCGCCCAACCGCCCCGACUGGUGCAACCAGAGGCCGGUCCUUCUCUUUGCGGUUGUGAGCAACCGUCUGGCACAGCCACCAAGAUGUAA